AUGGUUUGGUAUCAUGUCGCCGAACCCAAUUCCUAUCUCGUUCUUACGGGAAUAGGAAUUGACAAGGUUCUCAUCAAAAAGAAGGCUUUUGUCAUGCCCUUCCAGAAAGUGUCCAAGAUCAGCAUCACACCCUUUGACUUCUCCAUGGCACUGCAGGCCAUGACUCUUGAGAAGCUCAAAUUCUCACUCCCAGCCGUCUUUACUAUCGGUCCUGCAGAUAGCCUGGAAGCUCUCGAGAAAUACGCUGUUUUGCUGACUGGAGAAUCCGAUGGUCGACCUACGCAGACUGCGGCCAAGGGAGUAGUCUCUGUAGCUGAUAGCCAGGGUCGUAGCCAUGUGGCAGACAUUGUCAAGGGUAUCAUCGAGGGUGAGACAAGAUCGAUUGUCUCCACCAUGACGAUGGAAGAACUCUUUCGAGAGAGGAAGGUUUUCAAGGACAAGGUCAUCCAGCAGGUCCAGUCUGAACUUGAUCAGUUCGGUCUAUGCAUUUACAACGCCAACGUCAAGGAGCUGCAAGACACCCCUGGAUCUGAAUACUUCGCUAUCCUCAGCCGAAAAGCCCACGAAGGCGCCCUCAAUCAAGCCAAGGUAGACGUCGCCGACGCACGUAUGCGCGGAGAAGUCGGAGAGGCAGAGAAGCAGGGCAAGACGAAGCAAGAAGUAGCCAAAAUCCAUGCCGCCACCGCCGUCCUCGAAACCGAGCGCAAGGCAGAAAAAGCCGCUGCAGAUGCCAAACUCACCGACAAAGAGAUUCAGAUAGGAAGAGACUUGAAUGUCGCCCGCAUCCUUGCCAAACGCGAAGCCGAACGCCGCGACGCAGAACUCAACACCGAAGUCGAGCAGAAGAAAGCCCUCAUGGAACUCGAGCGGCUCCGCGCCACCAAAGUCGUCCAAGCCAAGAUUGAAAAGGAGUCUUCGCAGCAAAAAGCAGACGCAGACCUCUACAUCCAAGAAAAAGCAGCAGAGGGACGAAAGUUCGCCGAGCAAGCCGACGCAGAAGCAGCAGCAUUCCGCACCCUGCGCGACGCCCAGGCAGACUACGAAGCCAAGGAGCGCGAAGCAGAAGCAAACUUCCUCGUCUCCAAACGCAACGCAGAAGCCGAAUACUACGCCAGAGAGCGCGCCGCACAGGCCCAACUCAUCGCCCAGCAGCGCGAGGCAGAGGGUCUAUCCGCCAUGGCGAAAGCCUACGGCGACAUGGCGAACGUUCUCGGUGGUCCCCAGGGCCUGAUGCAGUACCUCAUGUUGACCAACGGUGUGUACGAGCGCCUUGCAGAAGCAAACGGCAAUGCGAUCAAGGGCCUGCAACCAAAGAUCAAUGUCUGGAACACGGGGUCGAAUGGCGAUGGUGGUGCCAUGGCGGAUCCUUCUGCCCCGAUUCGCAACCUCUUUCAGAGUUUGCCCCCGCUGCUCAGCACAAUUCAUGAUCAGACGGGUAUGGCACCGCCAGCGUGGCUGGCGCAGAUGCCGCAGCAGCAUGGGCAUGGGAUGGAGCAGUUGGAUCCUAAGGUGUUGAAUCUGAGGAAUGGGAGUGAGGUUUCGUCAUAG